AUGGGAAACAUAAUUGAAAACGAACAAUUUAAAACCAAUCUUUAACAAUUACUCUAAAACAAGAAAUUUAAAAGAACUCUCAAAGUUAUUUAUAAGGAAAAGUAAGGCCAAUUAUUAGGUGUACAAUCCUGUGAAAUUAUAGACCAUUUUCAUACAAUUAGACAACGUUUGGACUCAGGACACAGGACACUUUGGGAUUCUUUUGAACACAAUUGCAAAAUUAUUUUAGAUUUAGAAGACAGAAAAAGAUGGUUCCAUUAAUGCAAAAUUUGUAGUACUAAGAUGGAAUAAGAGAAAGGUGGUUUGUAUUGUAUAAAUUGCAAAUAAAAUACUGAAUAUAAACUUGCUUUCUGUCUCAGAGCAAAGAUCAUUGAUGCGAAUUCUUAAGAUAGCUAUGAUGCAAUCAUGUUCGAAGAAGCUUCACAAUAUUUAAGUCUUAAUGGUAAAAAGAUUUCUGUGAAAACUUUCUCAAAUUUGAAUCUAAAUUCCUAAAAUACUAUACUUGAGGAUGCAAAUCAGUAAAAAUCAGACAUCAUACAUUUGCUUUAAUUAUAACAUAUUUCAAAAACAGAUGACUUUAAAAUUAAAAAAAUUAUGCCUUAGAAAACAGAACGAUAAAGUCAGAAAUGA